AUGAUUAAAUUAUAUUUAGAUUGGAUUUCACAGCCAUCCAGAGCUGUAAAGGCAGUCUUAGAUAUCCUCAAAGUACCUCAUGAGGUCAAGCCUUUAAUGAUUUAAUAUAAUUAACAUAAAUCCCCUGAAUUCACAGCAAUUCAUCCAUUAUAAUAAUUGCCUUUAUUACAAGAUGGAGAUUUUACUGUUGCUGAAAGCCAUAAUAUUAUGAGAUACAUUAUCAAAUAGAAAAAUAUUUCAACUAAUUUAUACCCACUUACAGACAUCAGAUAAUAAACUAGAAUUGAUCAAUAUCUUGACUAUCAUCAUACAAAUACUAGAAGAUGUUUUCACUUUUACUAUUCAGUGCUUAUAGCCCCAAGGAAGGGAUAAAAGGUUAUCCCUGAAGUACUGGAAAAGGAAAAAUAUGAUGUGGAAAAAGUGUUUUAAUAUUUUGAGAACAAUUGGCUGAAAGGUAAGAACUAUAUUUGUGGAGAUUAAGUCACUUUAGCUGAUAUAAGUGCAUGUAGCGAAAUGAUGUAAUUAGAUAUGAUUAAAUUUGAUUUCAAAAAAUAUCCAAUUACAAAUGCAUGGCUUCAUAAGGUGAUAAAUAUUCCAGAACUUUAUCAAGCACAUCAUGUCGCUUUUAAGAUUAUCAAAAAAUAAAACCCAGGUUCUUAAUUCUUGAAAUGAAUUAAAAUAUCGAAUAUACAUAUAUGGAAUAGCAAGUUGUAUUAAUA